AGAAGUUCAACGAACAUGUGGAGGCGUCAUCGUCUACAGAACCGACCUGGCUUUUGAAUUUCUGCGACUAUACGCGGACGCUUGGGAUGCAAUCGAUAAAUUAACGUGCUGUGGGUGGACCGGAAUGUGGACCACGGAAGCCGAGUGCCAGUGGAUAGUCUCGUAAAAACAGUACUCAUCUUGCAUGCAUGCAAUUUUCAGAUAAAUGGGAAUAAUAUGGCAGGAUCAUUUUCUGCCGAUUCCUCUAGUACUUAAUACCGCCAAAAAUCAACCAAAAUUUUACUUUAUCACCCAUCCAUUCGACGUUGGAACAGACUAGGAAGGAAUCUCUCUCGUCUCUCGAAUGGCUACCCAAUUACGCAGCCUUCUGAGCAUUAUUCAGAAAUCUAUCGAUGAUAUUGAAGCCGAAUUCGUGAAACAUGGAUCUGAAUUUCCGUCUAUCGAUGAACCGCCCAGUGAAUGCGACGCUAUUCGCUUGCAGCCCAGUGUUCAAGCAGCGACUGCACUGUUGACAUCUGCGGCCUAUCAGCUCAUCGCGACUGCUCAGCUUCCGCCAUCGUAUAUCUUCAAUAGUCUUUUCGGGUAUUACUUACCCUCUGCUCUUAGAGCAGCAAUGGAGACCAACAUCGUGGAGAUUCUUCGAGAGGCGGGGCCUCAGGGAAUGCAUGUGAAGGACAUUGCAAAGAAAGCCCAGGUUGAUCCUACCAAACUUUCUAGUAUCCUGUGCUAUCUGGCCACCCAUCACAUUUUCCGGGAAAUAGGACCCGACAUCUACGUAAACAAUCGUCUUUCUUCUGUAUGGGACACAGAAAAGUCACUCGAGGAGAUAAAAGAAAGUCCUAUGACGAAGUUUAAUGGCACCAAUGGUAUCGCGGCUUUGAUAGGCCAUUGUGCCGACGAAGAUUACAAAGGAGCAGGACAAAUAGCGGACCAUAUCAUGGCCCCCGAGACUGCUUUUGAAGAUACCCCCGAGCGCUCUCCUUUGAUGACCGCACUCGGUUACGACAAAGGAAGUAUGUGGUCUUGGUUCGAGGAACCCUCGAACGAGAUGCGUCUGCGCCGGUUCGGAAUCGCCAUGAACGGAGUUAACAGCCUACAACCGCCCGAUGCUAUUCUCAAAGGCUUUGAUUGGGCUUCUCUACCGCAGGGAAGUGUCAUUGUCGAUGUCGGAGGGGGCAUUGGUGUUUCUUCUAUCAGCAUCGCCCGCGCGUUCGACCACCUGAAAUGUAUUGUUCAGGAUCGGGCAAUGGUCCUCAAGCUUGGUACAGAGCAUUGUCAAAAACUACUUCCAGCUGCAUUGGAAUCCGGGAAGAUUGAAUACCACGAGCACAACUUCUUUGACACUCAGCCUCAAACCUCUGCCACCGUGUUCUUGCUGAAGCAAAUUACUCACGACUGGUCCGACCGUUACGUUGUUCAAAUACUUCAGAGACUUCGUGAUGCUGCAACUCCAACAACCACAUUGGUCAUUGUGGACACCAUUAUUGUCCAUCCCUGUCCCUCUCCUCCCUCUGACAUACCUGGUGCGAAUCUGGUUCCUCCCCCUUCACCUCUAUUAGCAAAUCUAGGUGUUGCCAACGCCUCCACACAUUUUGCCGAUUUAUCCAUGUUUGUCCAUUUCAACGCUCAGGAGAGGACCCUGGUGCACAUGGUUGAGCUACUGGCUAAAACUGGUUGGAAGGUGAUUCGUGUUUAUAGAUCUGAUGAUUCGGGAGGAUACCUUCCUCAAAUUGUUGCGACCCCAGUUACGAUUCCUGCCUCAACGAAAGAAUAAUUACCUUUGUAUCACUUUGAAGUUCAUUGUACAGUACAUGCAUCAUGAAACGUAUUGCCUUUACAGACCUUGAA